AUGCUGCUGAUCCUCAGUCUUCUGGUCUUGGUGCCCUGCCUGGCUCUCCUAACCUCCUUCCUCCUCUCUCCAGGAGGCAAAAGUGGUGGCAACAAGAAGAGGGAUGGUGUGGUGAAAAGAAAGUCCAGUUCCAGCGUUCAGUUAAUGGAAUCGUCAGAGAGCACCAACACCACCAUUGAGGAUGAAGACACCAAAGUACGGAAGCAAGAAAUCAUUAAAGUCACAGAGCAGCUGAUUGAAGCAAUAAGCAACGGCGACUUUGAGUCCUACACGAAGAUGUGCGACCCUGGCAUGACUGCCUUUGAGCCUGAGGCUCUGGGCAAUCUCGUGGAAGGACUGGAUUUCCACCGAUUCUACUUCGAAAACCUGUGGUCCCGGAACAGCAAGCCUGUGCACACAACGAUCCUGAACCCCCACAUCCACCUGAUGGGAGAUGAGUCUGCCUGCAUCGCCUACAUCCGCAUCACGCAGUACGUGGAUGCGGGAGGGAUUCCCCGCACCGCCCAGUCCGAGGAGACUCGCAUCUGGCACCGCCGGGAUGGCAAAUGGCAAAUCGUCCACUUCCACAGAUCUGGCGCACCUUCCGUCCUACCGCACUGAAGCGCGGUCCUGCCCAUGCGGGGUUUGUCACUGACUGACUACCAAGGGGAGACCUCCUCCGACAUCUUCACCUACGGGACUUUGGCUCUUGGCUCUGCUGCUUGGUUCCCGCUGGAAUAACCCCUCGCUUCUCACCGCACACACGCAACGGCCCGACCGGCGCCACGCAAGCAUCCCAUCGAACCCCCC